AUGGAGAAACGUGGGAAACGCCAGCAUACAUCAUCAGAUUCUGAUAGUGCUGAAGAAAACCGAAUAAAAGAUCUUAAAGAACGUGAUGAGUUUGCAAAACGAUUAAAGAAACGUGAUGAAGAAAAGACAAAAAAAGUAAGUGAAUCAUCCAGUAAACGAUCUUAUGAAGAAGCAGCGAAGCGAUUGAAAUUGGAAGCAGAAGACAGAACGAAAAUAUUACCGAAACUUAGAGUUCAAUCGAGGCGAAAGUAUUUAGAAAAAAGAAAGGAAGACAAAGUUAUUGAAUUAGAAGCUGAUAUAGCUGAUGAUGAAUAUUUAUUUGAUGAGAGUAUAUUAACAGAAAGAGAAAAAAAAGAGAGAGAACAUAAGAAAACCAUCUUAUUAUUGGCUAAAGAACAUGAAAAAGCAAGGGAACUAGAAAAUGUACAAAGAUAUCACAUGCCAAGAGAUUUAGGUAAAGGUGAAAAAGGAGAGUAUAUUGAAGUAGAUGAAAAUGAAAAAUUACCGCAUUCCGAACAACGCAAGUGGGAACAGGAACAGAUAAAAUCAGCAUUUUUCAAGUUUGGAGCUAAAGAUGCAAAAGCUCAAGAUGAAUAUGAACUUUUGCUUGAUGAACAAAUUGAUUUUAUUCAAGCUCUUCAAUUAGAAGGCAAUAAAGAAAAGAAAGAGGAUGAAGAGAAAUCAGAAUAUCAAAAAAUACGCAUGACAAUUGCAGAAACUAAAAAAUCACUUCCAGUAUUCCCCUUUAAACAAUCUUUAAUUGAAGCUAUAAAUAAUUAUCAAAUAUUAAUUGUUGAAGGUGAAACUGGGUCAGAAAUUCAAAGAAUUAAUUUAGGGAAUGCUGUCUUAACUUUAAAGGCCCUAGGAAUUAAUGAUCUUAUACAUUUUGACUUUCUUGAUCCACCUCCACAUGAAACAUUAGUUCUGGCAUUGGAACAGCUUUAUGCUCUUGGGGCUCUCAAUCACCAUGGAGAAUUAACUAAAGCCGGCAGAAGAAUGGCCGAAUUCCCUACAGACCCAAUGUUAGCUAAAAUGUUAUUGGCCAGUGAAAAGUACAAAUGUUCGGAAGAAAUUGUUAGCAUUGCUGCUAUGUUAUCAGUUAACAGUUCUGUUUUUUAUAGACCAAAAGAUAAAAUUAUACAUGCUGAUACAGCAAGAAAAAAUUUUUUUCAUAGAAAUGGUGACCAUUUGACUUUAAUGAAUGUGUAUAACCAAUGGGUUGGAUCGGACUAUUCAGUACAGUGGUGUUACGAAAAUUUCAUUCAGUAUAGAUCUAUGAAAAGGGCUAGAGAUGUUCGGGAACAACUUGUUGGCUUAAUGGAAAGAGUAGAGAUUGACAUGGUAUCUAGCAUAUCUGAUGAUGCAAAUAUUCGUAAAGCUAUAACAGCUGGAUAUUUUUAUCACAUUGCAAAAUUUUCAAAAGGAGGUCAUUAUAAAACUGUAAAAAAUAAUCAAACAGUUAUGAUACAUCCUAAUAGUGCUUUAUUUGAAGAAUUACCAAGAUGGGUUAUAUACCAUGAACUAGUAUUUACAUCAAAAGAAUUUAUGAGGCAAGUUACUGAAAUUGAAAGUAAAUGGCUACUGGAAGUAGCACCUCAUUAUUAUAAGUCAAAUGAGUUAGAAGAUUCAACAAAUAAAAAAAUGCCCAAAACAUUAGGAAAAUCAGCAAACAAUAAA